AUGAGACCACGAAGUGACCCGAAUAUCCCUAAAAGGACGCCCAACUUGUGUGACAACACAGAAAAUAUCGAGGAGAGUCUCGAGCAGCAGUGGCGAGAGAAAGAAAAAGAGGAGAGAAAUGAAAAGCGGAUCGGCGAGAAGGAAGGCCUUUUAAAGUUGAGACAGAAGGGCUCAGGCCAGGAGGUAAACGCAGGAGUUGUGAGCGUCGACGUAACCGCCGCACAUCGGAUCGGUCGUGUCACGGGUCCUGCAGACUUCUGGGACUCGAAUGAGAUGGCAGAAACAGUUCCGGGCCAUUCAUGGUUGAGGUCGUAUGAUGUCGAAGGGGAAGAUCUCACCGCAAGAACAGCGAACAGCCCUAAGACAUGGACAUGGACAUGGCACAUGGGUGGCAUGGAUGGCAUGGGCAUGGGCAUGGGCAUAUGCAUCUCUUUCCGGGCUGCGGUUUUGGGGGCAGUCGGGCUCUGUAACCUUACUGUACUGAAUCGAACCCGUAGAGACGGCUCCGUGCAGAUGGCCAACAUCUAUCUACUGUACUUCUCCCAUGGACGGACGGACACUGCCUUCCUGCCAUUGUUGCAGGACAGAGGAGGGAGGACAGCUGAUCGCAUUGUUCGUUAUUCCGUCUCGCUGCUCCGAUUGCCCACCCGUGGAGAGACGUCGCUCGCUGCAGGCAGGGUUCCUUGUUGCGGUCACCCGCAGAGAGAGAGAUACAGUGAAGGCAGGUCUGGCGAGAACUUCCUUUCCCGUAUCGUCGGAUUCGUGCCUGGUCCAUUCCAGAUUCAGUGGCGAGGCUUCGCACACAAAAAACCCAGCCCCAGCCAGAUGCACAUCAUUCUUCUUUCUCUCGGGAGUGUCCUCUCGGGGUCUCAGAAUCAGACUUACUGUACAAGUCUGACGCAGCCUUCCGCCAUGCCGCCGACGAGUCUUGGACGCAAGGAAUCCUAUCUAUCUAUCGUACGGAUGUUCUACUGUAUGUUCUACGAGUACGAGUCGGGAGAUCACCGAGAGUCACCACCAUCCGGUUGA